AUGACAUCAACAUCCAAAGGCAUCCUUCGCCCAUUUCUGAUCGUCUGCAUUAUCCUGGGCUGCUUCAUGGCAUGUCUGCUUAUUUACAUAAAGCCCACGAGCAGCUGGGUCUUCAGCCCGAUGGAGUCUGCAAGUUCUGUGCUGAAAAUGAAGAAUUUCUUCUCCACGAAAACUGAUUAUUUUAAUGAAACUACUAUUCUGGUUUGGGUCUGGCCAUUUGGGCAGACCUUCGAUCUUACAUCCUGCCAAGCAAUGUUCAAUAUUCAAGGGUGCCAUCUCACCACGGACCGUUCCUUGUAUAACAAAUCCCAUGCGGUCCUGAUACACCACAGAGACAUCAGCUGGGAUCUGACUAACUUACCUCAGCAGGCCAGGCCCCCCUUUCAGAAGUGGAUUUGGAUGAAUUUAGAGUCCCCCACUCACACUCCCCAAAAGAGUGGCAUCGAGCACUUGUUUAACCUGACUCUAACUUAUCGCCGUGAUUCAGACAUACAAGUGCCUUAUGGCUUCUUGACGGUGAGCACAACUCCCUUUGUGUUUGAAGUGCCAAGCAAGGAGAAGUUGGUGUGCUGGGUCGUGAGUAACUGGAACCCUGAACAUGCCAGGGUCAAAUAUUACAACGAGCUCAGCAAGAGUAUUGAAAUCCACACCUAUGGGCAAGCAUUUGGAGAAUAUGUGAAUGAUAAAAAUCUGAUUCCCACCAUAUCUACUUGUAAAUUUUAUCUUUCUUUUGAAAACUCAAUUCACAAAGAUUACAUCACAGAAAAGCUCUACAAUGCAUUUUUGGCUGGUUCAGUACCUGUUGUCCUGGGACCAUCUAGGGAAAACUAUGAGAAUUAUAUUCCAGCUGAUUCAUUCAUUCAUGUGGAAGAUUUUAACUCUCCAAGUGAGUUGGCAAAAUAUCUGAAGGAAGUUGACAAAAACAACAAGUUGUACCUUAGCUACUUUAACUGGAGGAAGGAUUUUACUGUAAACCUCCCACGGUUUUGGGAAUCACACGCGUGCCUGGCAUGCGAUCAUGUAAAAAGGCAUCAAGAAUAUAAGUCUGUUGGCAAUUUAGAGAAAUGGUUUUGGAAUUAA